UUUGUCUCGACAUGGGAGUUGCCACGUCGCAUAUUGAGCGUCAACCAUAAACAGCAGUGCUAGUGUGUGUAUUUGAGAGGCAGGUGACUGGGAGUGUAUGUAUCAUCAGAUAAGUCUCUCAACAGGUGUAUAACAACAUCCAAUAAUACGAAAGGUUUCCUUAGAGGAGCUGUGGGGGGUUAACAGAAUGAAAAAUUGUGGAGCAUGAGCGCGAGGGGAAGUCACGAUCAUAGCGUAGAGCCAGGGAUGUGUAGUGAAGCGCUGCGGUGUGCGUUAGUGAGCGUGCUGUUGUGGAAGCUGUUGUAGUGCUGCCUCCACCUCCCCAGUGUCAGCUCCCACGUGUUCUUACAACCUUACUUUGCGGUAGCCACGCAGGCAGUCAGCGUCGCUGCUCCGCGCCCUCACUGUGUCGCUCUCCUCGUCAAAGCUUGGUGGUAGGGCUUUACGUUGGCCCGGGACACCCCCGCUAGUCAUACAAAACGACUGUCUGUGACCGGCAACUUAAGGUCUACUAAGUGAGCCUUGUGUCAUAUUUGUGUUUAUAAAGCUUCAGCAAUGUUUUUCGGAACUAUACAAGUGAAAGUGAGUGCAUCCGAACGUCUUAAAUCGUUAUCGCAUAUAUUGCAAAUGUAGAUAAUGCAUUAGUCUGCGUAGAACAGUUAGUUUUGCAAUAUAUAUUUAAUCUGAAGUGAAGUGGUAGGAACGUACACGAGUAUAUACCAGGGUAUCAGUGUUUAUGAAACAACUUUGGUAUUGAGCGUCAGUGAAAUUCGUGUGUGGGGGCGGGUAAGUGAACCUGGUGGUUAGUGUGUUUGAGGGUCAGUGUUGUCCUACUUGAAGUGCUCGUGUGUUUGCGUAUGUAUGUGCACAGAUUAUGUAUUGGUUGGUUCACGAGCUGCCAGGACCCGGGGAGAGCUGCUGUUGCUGCUGCUGCUGCUACCACUGCUGCUGCAGGUGAUGAUAAACACCGUGCGUUUGUAAAGUGGUACAACCACCACUGACAUGUACGCCUACGCUGGAGCCUACUCUGGGGCCUACAUGGGCGUUGGGUCUGGGGUGGGUGGUCUGUCUGGUGGGAGCAUGGCGGCUCCCGCAGCCCACCACCACCAGGUGCUAGCCACGCCCACCCCCAUACCUGCAGCAGCAGCAGCAGCCGCCGCCGCCGCCCACACCAUCACUACCUCCCUCCCUCCCACCACCGUCAAGAGAAGGUCAGAUGAGGAGGAGAGUUCCGGGUCCAAGUAUGGCAGGAUGGAGUCAGCCGACGAUAACAUGCAGGACAAGGAGCGAUUUGCCAGGGAGAACCACUGCGAGAUCGAGCGCAGGGAGAACCACUGUGAGAUCGAACGUCGGCGACGGAACAAGAUGACGGCGUACAUUGCAGAGUUGAGUGACAUGGUGCCCACCUGCUCGGCCCUCGCACGCAAGCCUGACAAGCUCACCAUCCUCCGCAUGGCUGUGGCUCAUAUGAAGGCGCUCAGGGGUAUGGAGAUUGCCAACGGGAGUGGAAUGGGUACAGGAAACACCAACACAGACGGAACUUACAAACCAUCAUUCCUCACAGAUCAGGAACUGAAACACUUAAUAUUAGAGGCAGCUGAUGGAUUCCUUUUUGUGGUAUCAUGUGACACUGGGAGAAUUAUCUAUGCAUCAGAUUCUGUUACUCCGGUUCUUAAUCAGCCGCAGAGUGAUUGGUUUGGCUCAAGUGUCUAUGAACAUGUUCAUCCAGAAGACGUAGAGAAGGUUAGAGAACAGCUAAGUACACAGGAACCAGCCAACCAAGGACGUAUAUUAGAUCUCAAAACUGGCACUGUAAAGAAGGAGGGCCACCAGUCAUCCAUGAGACUGUGCAUGGGAUCCAGGCGGGGCUUUAUUUGUCGGAUGAAGGUAGGCACAGUUACUACAGAGAAUAUGAAUUCUGGCCACCUAAACAGACUACGACAAAGAAAUUCUUUAGGUCCUGCCAGUGAUGGACACAAUUAUGCAGUUGUUCAUUGCACAGGCUAUAUAAAAAAUUGGCCUCCAACUGGUGUUCAGAUGGAUCGCGAAGAAGAAGCACAUGGUUCUUCUCACUGUUGCUUGGUUGCAAUUGGCCGUCUCCAAGUUACCUCAACACCAAAUACUUCUGACCUCAUGGGAUCAAAUUCACAAAAUGAGUUCAUAUCUCGUCAUGCAAUGGAUGGAAAGUUCACCUUUGUUGAUCAGCGUGUGAUGACUGUGUUGGGGUAUUCACCUCAGGAACUACUAGCCAAGCCCUGUUUUGACUUCUUCCACCCUGAGGAUCAAACACACAUGAAGGAAAGCUUUGACCAAGUGUUAAAACUGAAAGGUCAAGUGAUGUCUGUCAUGUAUCGUUUCCGAGGAAAGAACCGCGAGUGGGUGUGGCUGCGAACGUCUGCAUUUGCCUUCCUCAAUCCAUAUACAGAUGACAUCGAAUACAUUGUCUGCACAAAUACUGCAGCCAGGACUAUGCAAGGUACAAGUGAAAUGCCUAGUAGCGCUGAACAAGAAGAAGUUAGCUCUUUAAACAGUCAGUACUCAACACACCAGCCUAGCAUAGAGUAUUCCUUGCAGCGGCAACGUGAACUGUAUCCACACAUGAUCCAAUCUCACAUCCACAAUUCAGGACGCCCAAGUAGUACUCAGGGGGUGUAUAGCGGGUAUGAAGCAGGUGCCUCGCCUUUGGCUAGUUAUUCUCCGAGCACUCCACAGGCUACACCCCUUACAAGUCAAGCAUCAAGUAUUUCACGAAUCACAAAGUCAUCCUCACCACCUACGACUGCACAUGCCACAACAUGGUCUAAUCCACAUAUAAGACAGGCUGAGGGAUAUAACUAUACUAGCAGCAUGAGUCCAUCACGAUCUCCAUCUACCCCAUCAUAUACUUCACUAAGUUCUUCAAGUCGCUCCCUACCAUCAUACACUCCAACUGCUGCCUCCUCAGGAAUGUGGCAGUAUAGCAACCUAGGUGCAGAGGGAGCAAGUGUAGGGCCAUCCACUAGCUCAGUUCAUCCAGGCACUGGCACUGGUCAUCAAGGUGGAGGAGCACCAGGAACACAACCAGAACUUACUGACAUGUUGCAAAUUCUUGACCAGUCUGGCACUACAAACUUUGAUGACCUAAACAUGUUCAACACAAACUUUGAAUGAGAAGCAUUGCUUUUAGUGUUGCAUCCUGCUCAUAAUUUUUGAAGCACUUGGGUAGUACGGCAAUGUUUAUGGCAAGGCUUAGUAUCCACCAUCUCAGAAUUAUUAUUUGUAUAUCAACAAGUGCCUCUGUGACAGCAUUAUCUAAUUUACUGGUUAUAAGUUAUUGAUAAUUUUGUAUGUAUAGUAGUCACCUUCUUUAUGAAGGCAUAAUGACAAAUUUUUUUGAAUUAGUAAAAAGUUCAAAUAUUGUUGGAUACUGAAGCUUGCCUAUCAGAGUUACUUCCUGAGAAGCUGUUGUAAGUGGUAUGACACCCAGUUUACCAGAGAAAAUGAUUGACCAAGUUAUAAUUUAGGUGCUGGAUAAUGGAAAUGAAUACUGACAGGUUAUAACUUUUAGAUAUUGUAUAGUGGGUGCACCACUUUCAGGACAUCUUGUGUUAUUAGGUCAUUCAACUUCUUUCAUAUAUGCAUUAAUUUCCUAAAACAUAUAUAUUUUUUUUAUGUAGUAUUUUUGAAACCAGUAUAUCAGUUGAAAAAAUCCAGCAUUUAUUGCUUAUACAGUAUUACCGUAGUGCAACAUUUGGAAAAUAUUUGUUGUAAAAUAAUGUUUCAAUUGUUGUGCUGAUAAUCAAAUUGCAGUCUGCAAUUAUAAUUUUUAUUUGCUGGUAAUCAAAGUGUUUCGUCCUUUAUAGUUGUUAAUCUUAUAUGGUCCCUAAAAGGGAACUGAUGAUUGAAUUAUUUUUUCAUGCUAUACUUUUAUCUUAAGAAUUUUUACCACACUGUAUAUUUAUGCACAUUUAGAAAGCUAGAGCUCAGGCACAUGUCCAGGAAUGUUAUGCAUUUAAUGAAGAAAGUGUACGUGUGUCAAUUUUUACACAAGCUACUUCAAGUCUAGUGGAAACCUAGCAGUAUACAACCAGUGCUCAUUAUUUUUUCUUAUUGGAAUUUCAAUCUUUUGUAAUUAGUUUGUAAUAUAUUUUGUUCAUUAGUCCUCCAGCACCAGGCAGGUCUUCUGUGUUUUGUAAAUUGCAGUCAUAAUGUAGUUAAUGAUUAACUUACAUCAAAGUUCUCCUGCCUGUGUGUGUCAGGUCAUGAGGAAGACAUUAGGGUGGUUAGAAACUUACUAAU